UCCAGCAGCAGCAGCAGCAGCAGAAACGCCCUGCAUCCUCUCUCCUCUCCUCCAACAUCCAUCCACCGUCCCCGGCUCUCCUCUGCUCCUUCUGCCCGUGGAGAAGCCACUCUGACCCGGCAGGAAGACGAACCUAACCUCCCUGGGAGAAAUGGCCUUUUAACACUCGAGAGAAUAACCCAGAAAAAGACAUGGAUCUUUUGCCUUUUUCCUUCCUGCACCUCCUCCUCCUCCUCUCCUGCUUCCCCGCUUCUGCUGACAGGAGAUUCGGUUGCCUGUUUGAGAGUGAGCUGUGUUCACCAUAUGAGAUCUGCGUCAACGAUGGGAUGUUUGGGAGGUGUCACCCUGUUCCGGUGAAGGAGGUUUACACCUACGAUGUCUCCCCGUCUGUAGUGCAACGCUUCAGGACGCUGCUGGAGAAGCUCUCCAACAGAGGUUUGACCUGGGAGGACGACGCCACUCAGCAGGUUCUGUCCAAAGAAUUGUCCAAACUGAGGAGGAUUCCCUUCAGGUCGCAGCAGAAUGGAGGCGGCUACAACACAGACAGCAGGCCUGCAGCUGAAGCGAUGGACCCAGUAGACCAGAGGGUGAAGCCCGUGGAGGUGGAGCUCAGCAGGAAUCUGCAGGCCUAUCUCCAACGUCUCGGCCUGCUUCCCAAAACAUUGCCUUCCUCCAGUCUGAGCACCUCAGGCAAGAGUGACCGUUUCCAGUCAGGCAUCCCAACAGACUUCUAUCGCUCCAAGGCUCAGAUUUCGCCUCAGAAGUCGUCUCCCUCCAGCUUUUCCUCGCUUUCAUCUUUCUUACCUCAGCCGAAGCAGAGACCUCCAGCCGACCAGCUCCUGGCCACGCAGGCUGAGGGUGACCUUCUCCUGGGCGCCCUGAGGCAGUAUCUCUCCGGGCAUCUGUCCCUGCACAGUGGGGGGGUGAGCCCCGCGGAGCAGGAGGCCCCCCCGUCCCGCCUCAGGCCCUUCUACAGCAACGGAAUAGAAAAUUCUGGGCUGAAAAAAGAGACGACAAAACCCAGGCUCCUGACGUUGGGGAGAAGUCAGGAGGCUUCAGUCAACGACCCUCUGACGUCUGUGGACGAGAGAUUCAUCAAGAACGUUUUGAAGAACGUUGGCAGGCACCACGUAGACGUGGAUGGCCUGACGCCGCAGGACCUGAGCCAGUUGUCCAGCCUGAUAGCUGACGCCCUGCAGGUGGUGGACCAGGACCAGGGACCCAACAGGGGCAUGCCCCGCGUCAGACCUGGACCCAGAGACCUGGAGGGCGAGCUGAAAGAGGAACAAGUAGGGGAGGAGGCUGCCAGGAAUGAGGAGGAGGAGAAAUUGCUGGAGAGCGCUCCCACACUGAAACCACAGGAGAACACUCCUGUAGUGCCAGCAGCAGUUCAAGCAGAGCGCCGUGCGGACACAGAGGAGCAUGACAUGAAGGACAUGCCUGAGACUGGAAACCUCUUCAACAAACUUCUUGCCUACCUGGACAAAACCUCCUUCGGCGGCCCUCCCUCGGCAAUUAAUCGCGCCGACUCAGCACUGGAGACGCCCAGAGGACAACCAGUGGGGCUGGAAAACGUCCAGAGUCGGACCAGUGAAGCAGGCGUGACCGUGCAGAAGAAGGAUGCUGCGCAGACUGUGGAGGAGGUGUCGGAGGUGCAGGGCUGGAUCAAGGAGGUGGCGCCCCCUCCUGCCUCGCUGGUGUACGACAAGCUGCACAAGAAGACGAUGCACGUCCCCGAACUCCAGCUGGACGUCAAAGCCGGCAGGAAGAAGGCCGACGACGAUGUCUUCGGUUACGUCAUCACCGAUACAGAUGGUCUCCAGACAGACGAAGGCCUCCAACUGAUGGCAAUUCUGGCUCGCCGGGCUAAAAUCCAGAUGUCGGACAUUGCUGAGCUCUCGGUGGUGGGCCCCGCUGUGACCUUCAAAGUGAGACCGAACACUCACAACGUCAGCACCGCAGAUGUGGCCAAUGUGGCUGUUCAGCAGAAAGAAUCUCUGGAGAAAGAAACCAAGCUCAGCAUCCUGGAGGCCGGGGUCACCGAUGGAAGCCAGAUCAACCAGAUCCCCACUAAGUACAGCCAGGCGGAGUCCACCAAGUUCCUGGUCCUCACCGUCGUGUCCAUCCUGUGCAUUGUCGGCGUGCUGCUGGCCUCCACCGUGGUCUACUGCCUGCGCCACCGCUCACACCACAAGCUGAAGGAGAAGCUCACCAAUCUGGGGACAGAUACCGGCAGCGAUGCUACCGCCACCUAUCAGGAGCUCUGUCGACAGCGUAUGGCGGUCAAACCUCCAGCUGAGCGCCCGGAGCCCAUCUCCUCCAGGAUCAACAGCGUGUCGUCUCAGUUCAGCGAUGGCGGUCAGGCCGUCAGCCCCUCGGCACGGAGCAGCAUCUCCUCCUGGAGCGAAGAGCCCGCCCACUCCAACAUGGACAUCUCCACCGGUCACAUGAUCCUGUCCUACAUGGAGGACCACAUGAAGAACAAGGACCGCCUGGAGAAGGAGUGGGAGGCGCUGUGUGCCUAUCAGGCAGAGCCCAACGCCUGCACCAUCAGCCUAAAGGACGGCAACGCCAAGAAGAACCGCUCCGCUGCUGUUGUGGCAUAUGAUCACUCCAGAAUCACCUUGAAGGCGGAGAACAGCCAAGGCAACUCUGAUUACAUCAAUGCCAGCCCGAUCAUGGAUCACGAUCCCAGGAACCCGGCCUACAUCGCCACUCAAGGCCCUUUGCCCUCCACCGUGGCUGAUUUCUGGCAGAUGGUUUGGGAGAAUGGUUGCGUGGUCAUUGUCAUGCUGACUCCUCUGGUGGAGAGCGGGGUGAAGCAGUGCUACCACUACUGGCCCGAUGAGGGAUCCAACCUGUACCACAUCUAUGAGGUGAACCUGGUGUCUGAACACAUCUGGUGCGAUGACUUCCUGGUUCGUAGCUUCUAUCUGAAGAACAUGCAGACCAACGAGACACGAACUGUAACUCAGUUCCACUUCCUGACCUGGCUCAACCAGAACGUCCCGGAGACCAGCAGGACCCUCCUCGACUUCCGCAGGAAAGUUAACAAGUGCUACCGGGGACGCUCGUGUCCUAUCAUAGUCCACUGCAGUGACGGUUCAGGGAGAAGUGGGACCUACGUCCUGAUCGACAUGGUCCUCAACAAGAUGGCUAAAGGUGCCAAGGAGAUUGAUAUUGCAGCGACUCUGGAGCACCUGCGGGACCAGAGGCCGGGAAUGGUUCAGACCAAGGAUCAGUUUGAGUUUGCGUUGACGGCCGUGGCCGAGGAGGUGAACGCCAUUCUGAAAGCUCUUCCACAGUAGGAAGGAGCACCUCCUUCUGAUGGACCUCCUUCUGUCUCAUUUAGAGGACAGUCCCUGUUAUACUCCCUCAUGUUUCCUCCUCCCAUCUCCUCAAUACUCUCUCCUGUUUCCACCUCCUCCUUUCUCCUCUCGUUCUUCCCUUCUGUCUCAUUCUGUCUCCUCUUUUCUCAACUUGUCAUCCCAGUUUUCCUCCUUUUUUCCCUCAAUCCAGUUGCUGCAAAUUUUUUCUUGUCUUUUCCUGUCCUCUCCUCUUCCACGCUGUCUCAUUGCUUCAUCUAUCUCUCCCCACCUUCUUCCACUAUAUCUCGCUAUUCUCUCUUGUCCGUUUUUUCCAAAUAUCUCCCCCUUUCCUCGCCCUACAUUUCCUCAUUUUAACGACCUCCUAUCUCUUAUGUCUCCUCUCCUUUUCCUUCCACUCAUCGCCCCCUCCUUUCCCCAUCUCCUCCUCUCCUCCCAUCUUAGUAAACAUUGUGCCAGGAACCCGUUGAACCAAUCCUGAACAUAGAUAGACCUUCCUUCUAUUGUAAUGAUCCAUGCAGCCUGUUUUCCAAAGCCACAUUCAAACACAUUUUUCAUAUAUUGAUAAAAAUGUUUCUCUAGAUUCUGUUAAGAGUGUAUUUAUUAUAGCUUCUGUUGGAUUAGUCUUUGUUUCUGAGUGUGUGUGAUGUUGAUCAUCAUGUCUCUGUAUCACAAAAAUCGUACUUGUGUCUGAUUUUUAGAGCUUUCUGAUAUCUUGUGUCACAGUGCAACUCAUCUGUGAUUUUAUCUGGCAUUGAGGAUUUAUUUUAUCUCAACAGUAAGUGAUGAAAAACUGCCAGUGGGGGUGUUGUUUCCAAAAAUUGUGACAACUCCAUUCUGCAAUUUUCCUCUUACUGUGAGAAAAUUAAAAAGAUGCUGGUACUGGAUGUGAGGUAAAAUAAUAUGGAUAUAUAUUUUUUCGACGUGUAAUUCUCAUUAUCUUAGUAGAAGCAAUAUUGUGUUUCUUCAACCUGAAUCGUUAUCUCUCGUGGACAACCAAUAUCGUGGCUUGUCAGUGAAGUUACACUCAUGUCUGCCUUAAUAAAAACACAGUAGAUGGACUUGUGUCCAGCCACGUGGAAACUAGGCUAGUGUGGAACACUUUAUUUUAAAAUGGCCUUAUUGCAGCGGAUUAACCUGUGGAUUAAAGGUUUGCUGGAAUGGAAAUCUCAGAUAAACACUAAAGAAAAAGCAUGUCUUUAAAAAUCCGGCGACAGGAAGUUACCCUCUGUCCAAAAGUUUGUGAAAGUCUUUGAAAUAGUUCAACAGCAGUAAUCUUGCAUACUUUGAAUAAUAAAUGAUUAAUAACUUUGAACCACAGAACGCUGGAAUGAUGCCAUUAAAAAAUAAAGUGUUUCUGACUGGUACUUUUAUGAUCAAAGAGGAUAGUCUUGCUUCUGAAUAGCAGUUCUUCUAUGUAGCAUUAAUGGAUGAUUUGUACAUGUACAGUAGCUGAACCUGUGUUGCAUUGAAAACUAGUAGCAGUGACACUUGUCAGCUGGUUUUUCCCAAAGGCAUCUUGAGAAUAACUGAAUUUUUGUUCUGCUGUGACAUGAAAAUGAAAUGUUUUAUCAUGCUCCUUUCGUUUCCCUGCAGUAUUUUACCUUAGUGGAUAAAAAAUGGCAGUGCUGACUUUUUCUUCACUUCCAACCUCAUUAAAAUUCAAAAAAUAAAUUAAGUUGAAGCAAAUAUUCCAUCUUAAUUAUAUGUAGAAGGUUUGAAGAGUCUGUGAGUUGAUUAUCAUAUUGUAUGGAAAUGAAUUGAAACUAAUGGCUGCCUAAAAAGCAGACAGACUACUUUAAAAGUCUGAAGGUUUCCCACAUGGAUUCAUAGAUUGUCAGCAGUAAUUAGAAGUAUAAUUGCUUUGUAUAUUUAAAGGGGGUCUAGUAUGGUGCUUUAAGAUGCAAUCAAUCCUACAGUCUGUGUCUGUUGGACUUAUUUUAGAUUCUUACAGCACAAUUAAAGGCAAUUAAACUCACAUAUUUUACAAGUAGCCAUUAUAUUGAAUGUUUCUGGUAACCUGUUGAACACGAGCAAAAGAUCGUUUCGUUUUUCUUACCUUUCCAAAUAAAAGUAACUCCCUGGGUUUUUGGGUAAACAGAUAACUAACACAACAAUAUACCUAAAAGUCAGAAUAGGCUGUUUGCCAUUUACUCCAACAAUUACAUUUAGACAGUUCUAUUUAAAAUGAUUAAAACUAAACACAAAGAAAAGAACAUGGGUUUGGUUAAAAUUAGUACAUUUAAAUAUGUGACAUGGUUACGUACUAACAUGAUCAUUUAUUUAAUUUAGCGGCAAAUGUCCAAGCAAGCAGUCCAAUAUGCGGAUUUUGCUGCUCUUUAUAUCACAUCACUUGACUUCCUCCUUUGCUCUAGUACUAAUUUAUACAGCCACUAGAGGUUGCCACCUAACAACAACAUAAUAUGGGUCUUAAUAAGCUGCUAGUACGUCCUUAAGCAUUUUUUUUUUUGGUGAGGACUUUAAAGUUUUACCCAUAUAUCACUGUGUUUAUUGGCUGAGAGUAAUAGUACUCAUACACAAACAUAUUGUUAUCUAAAGAUACCUUUGGGAAACAGCUCAUAGUUUGUGUAAAAUCACCUUAAUUUCACUGCUUCCAAUUGGCUGUCACUAAAUGAACAGUUUUAAAGAUUCUGUCCAUCAAAUUCUAGUUUUCUUUGUGUAUUUGAAUCACUAAUAAUAUGACUUGCGUACUAUGCUACUAGUGCAUGGCUAUUUAUUCAGCAAAUCAGUGUGCUGUAUUUUCUUGUGGCCUCAAGACGAUCUUAGCAAAACUCUUCAAGCAAACAAACAAGUGUUCGCUUUUAUUUUAGACUUUUGUAUUGCACGAGAAGCUCCAAGGACCUUAAAAAGUGCAAAAGCCAAGGAUUAUCAUCUUUAGACUGUGCAGAUCAUGGUUAAGAGAGAGUUGAAAGGUAGCGCAGUGUCGAUAUGAUGUAAUGCUGCAGCAAGCUGGUGUCAUGUUGUUGGAAUCAACUCCAUUUUUCAUCACAAGAUUGAAACUUUCUGCAAGAAAUGGUCCUUAUAACAGCCUGUUAUGUGAUGUAAUACGGGAUCUAAGUGAUACCUUCAUGUAUGUUGGAAGUAUGUAUUGAAAGAAUUUUAAUUAUCUGAUUCUACCAGCCAUUUCUAAUGCCAGUCAAAACUAAACUUCUUAUAAUGGGUAUUUCCUCAGUAGGUCAUAUUCCCCCAAUGCAGUUUUGUCUUUCACACAUUUCAUCAAGUAUCAAUAGAUGGCUGGUCUGUUGCAUUAACACUGUACAUAAACCAAAAAAACAACAGAAGAUAUUUUGUUCUAUUGGUGUAAACAACUUGUGAAUAAAGUCUCAUUGUCGAUGCAGUAAUGUAAUGCAAUCCUGA